AUGAAAUUAAAAACUUGGGAAAGGAUCGAGGAGGAGUUCAAUGCCUCAAGCAAUGGAGAACAUCGUUCCGCCCAGGUUCUUAGAAAGAAAUGGGAAAACGUGAAGAAAAAGGCAAAGGAAAAGGCAGCUGAGGAAAAACAUGAAAUAAUUACUACUGGUGGAGGUACUGCACCUUCAACAAAAUUCAGUGAUGAGGAAAAGAGAGUAAUUGAAAUUAUAGGAAAAGAGCGAGUAUCUGGAUCAAGAUUUGAAUUUGAUUGUGACAAUGGUAAUGUAUUCGCAUUACUGUUAAAUUUAUAA